AUGGGAAAAGAUAAAAUACAUGUAAACAUUGUAGUUAUAGGACAUGUCGACUCAGGCAAGUCCACCACUUGUGGCCAUCUUAUCUACAAGUGUGGUGGGAUUGACAAAAGAACAAUUGAAAAAUACGAAAAAGAAGCAUCCGAAAUGGGAAGAGGAUCAUUUAAAUAUGCAUGGGUGCUUGACAAGCUUAAAGAUGAAAGAGAGCGUGGGAUUACAAUUGAUAUUUCCUUGUUUAAAUUCCAAACUGACAAGUUUUACUUUGAACUUAAUUACAUUAAAUUUGACUAUAUUAAAAAAUGGCUUAUUUAGGCCAAAAUUUAUUAGUUAUAGGCAUACUAUUAUUGAUGCUCCAGGACAUAGGGAUUUUAUCAAAAAUAUGAUUACAGGCACCACACAAGCUGAUAUUGCUUUACUAGUCAUCGCAGCUGGCAAAGGUGAAUUUGAAGCUGGGUACUCAAAAAAUGGCCAAACAAGAGAGCACGCCUUAUUAGCUUACACCCUUGGAGUCAGACAAAUGAUAGUAGCUGUCAAUAAAAUGGAUGACAGAUCAGUAGAAUGGUCUGCCAUCCGCUAUAAUGAAAUCAAAGACGAAGUAAGCACUUAUCUAAAAAAGGUUGGUUACAACCCUGCUAAAAUUCCAUUUAUCCCUAUUUCAGGAUGGCUCGGUGACAAUAUGAUAGAGCCUUCAGCCAAUAUGCCAUGGUAUGCUGGCCCAACCUUAAUUGGAGCUCUUGACAAUGUAAUUCCUCCAAAAAGACCAUUUGAUAAGCCUCUUAGACUCCCAGUUCAAGAUGUAUAUAAAAUAUCAGGAAUUGGUACAGUCCCGGUUGGCAGAGUUGAAACUGGAGUUUUAACCCCUGGGACUUUCAUUACUUUUGCUCCUUCAGGAAUCCAAACUGAAGUGAAGUCUAUAGAAACGCAUCAUGAAGAACUGCAGAGGGCUGAGCCUGGAGAUAGUAUAGGGUUCAGUAUAAAGAAUGUCGCUUUUAAUUUGAUUAAGAGAGGAUACGUACAAUUGAUGAAGAAAGGAAGAUUUGUCUUAGUUAUAAGGAUUUCUUAGUUUUGUAGUAAAUAAGAUUUAGAAAGUUAUCUGAAGAUUUUUUUGUGAUAAAAUAGAAUAGCUUCUGAUAGCAAUAAUGAUCCUGCUAGGGAAGCCUCUGAUUUUACUGCUCAAGUGAUUAUUAUGAACCAUCCUGGACAAAUAGCGGCUGGCUAUACUCCAGUCCUAGACUGUCACACUUCACAUAUUGCAUGCAGAUUCCAAGAACUAAAGCAAAAAGUCGACAGAAGGUCUGCAGCUGUUUUAGAAGAAGAGCCUAAGUUUCUCAAGACUGGAGACUCCGCCAUUGUAAAUAUGAUACCUACCAAGCCUAUGUGCGUUGAGGCUUUUACUGAAUACCCACCAUUGGGAAGAUUUGCAGUCAGAGAUAUGAGACAAACUGUGGCGGUCGGAGUUAUUCUAUAAUAUAAAACUCUAUUCUUAAUCUCAGCAAUAUAUUUAUUUAAUUCAUUCAUUAAUUACUGUAUAUUAAAUCAGUUAAUAAGCUUCAUCCAGGACAGCUUAGAGCUGCUAUUGGAAAGAAAGGCCAAAAAAAGAAGUAG